AUGACUGGCAUCCCAACUCCACAACGCUCGCGAACCAGGACGGCAGAUCUCUCAGACAUCUUCCGCAGCUCCCAUGGUUCGCGUCAGCUUUCCAAAACUGGCGCUCUUACAGACACUCCAUCUGAAGAAAAGCCCAAGUCUAGGCGCUCUAUGCUGCCCUUCCUCGGAAGGAAGAAGACCGAGCGACCAUUCGCUUCAUCUUCAGCUUUGCCUAGAAAGUCUACCAACUCUCCUUCGGGAUCCGGCAAAGAGCUCUUGACAACUGUAGAUGGUUCUCCGUCCGACAAACGGCUUCCUUCUACCCUUCCUCCAUUGAACGUGUCACCGCCGUCAUUGGGCUCCAAAUUUGCCGCCCAUUUCUCUCCUUUGCGAUCUCCUAGCAAAACUCUCAAGGCACGAUACUCUUCAUCGUACAAGUCAACAAACACCCCUCCCACUCAUUCAUCCGCCACUCUCUCCCUCCCUGUAGCUGAUUAUCAUGCUACUUCCCUCGAAUCCCACAGCUCCAGCACUGUAAACAGCCGAUCCACCACACCAAAACCGCUUGUUCAACCCCCUACAGAGAACGCUCCUUACUACGAACUGAUGGAUGAUUUUUCUGAUUUGUUUACACUUCCAGAGCAUCCUUCGAAACCGACCAAGUCUGCUCAAAAAGCUUCUACCCUGCCACCCGUUGUUGUCAACGCUGCGAACGGUUCAAAAAAGUGUGCGGAACCCAGUUUUGCUACACCAUUGACACCCGCUAGUCCCACUCCUCCAUCAACCCCUCGCCUUCAAUUCCCCAUCCCUCCUUCGAAUUUUGGCCUCACUUCGAUGGCGAGCGAGAAGUCAUCUUCUCGAUAUUCGCAGGGAUCAUCUAAAACAGAGCCAACCACUCCUUCAAGCAAACACUCUAAUAGCAGCCUUAAGCUGCCAACCACGAGCCCUCAACAUCGCUUCUCGAUCUCUCGUGAACGUCGGAGCGACCGCAUUGGUACCGCUGGCUUUCCUUCUGAAGAUGAAAGCGAUCGUGCUCGCGCAUUCAGUCUUUCGGGAAGCGAUACAGAUGCGUCUCGUGCUACAGACAGCAGUGUGCGUAGCAGGAGAGGUAGACAUCACAGCGCAUUGCCGAAGGCAUCGGCUAUGAAGCGUCCCGCCCCUUUGCAGCGUGCGCCCUCUUCCUCAGAAAAAUUAUCCAGCGGCCCUCCUCCUUCUGCCCCCCUACCUUCGCCACCGCCCUCAGCUCGGUUAGCACCCAGGCUACCGAUAAGCUCGUUGCCAGUUACCCCUACCGACAAUGUUCCCUUCAACUCGACUGUCCACUCCCCGGGUAUAGCGCCACGACCGCGAGCUAACACUGUAUCAGCAGCGACCUCGCUGAGUUCGGCUAGGCUUGCGGCGUGGAUGGCUCCUAGACCGAGCCCACAAAACAAACACGCCCCUGCAGAUCCUCAGCUACUCGCAUCCGAGGAUGACCUCAGGAAUGCGCUUGCCUUGCAGAAUAGAAAGUACGCUCAACUUCAAGAAUAUGCUGUCACUAUAACCAAGAAAUUUGAGGACGAAAAGGCAUCUAUGUCCAAGACCAUUCAGAUGCUGGAGCGAGAGAUCCGAAAAAAGGUCAGAGAGAUAGAGGGUUUGCGCUGGCUCGUCAUACAUAAUGGUGGUGCAGAAGAUAUUGAUGCGGCGGAGAGCCUGGCACGAGCUUCUUUGAUCACGUUGGAUGAUGGAAAUGCAUCCGACGCUGCGUGGGCCAUGGGUGGUGAGGCUCCGUCCCAGAGCGCACGUCCACCGACAACAAACGCGUCUGUUGGCUCUCGUAGAGGACUUGGCCUUGAUUAUCUGGACCAAUCUAGCCCGUCUGGGGCAUCCCUGGAUCCAUCUUUUCCAGAACUUGGCAUUGUUGCCUCUGCCUCGUCUUCGCACUCUUCUCUGUGUCUUCCGAUGCUGGCUUCAUCGACGACCUCAUCUUUAUCAGCCAUCCCAGAACAGCAGGGAGAGACCAGCCGAGUGGAACGUCAACAGACGAAAGAAGAACGGCGCGCUUCUCGGGCCCUACGUCGGAUCUCAUCGUCAUCGAUGUCGUCAGUGACAUCUGGAGCACUUAUGGCACAUCCUCUGCCGAUCGAUCACACGCUCGACCCUCAGUCUAGCAUGGAAAACGUACUGGAGAAGCUGCGUCCGUUUCGAAACACUUGA